AUGGCUUACAUUACCUUGGAGCACCUCUCCUCUGAAGACAAAUCUCUUGAUGCAGAAAGCGAUGAAUUUUCUCAGUAUUUUCCUCGUUUUCCAUCCCGCAAGAGGCCUCUGCGUCAGGAUUUGGUGGAGUGUCAGAAUUGCUCCUUCACUUCAGGUCCCCGUUCGUCUUCCACCUUCAUCAAUAACCCCUCAAUGACCUCAGGGUGUGCUGAAGGGAAAAGAGUCAUGAACGUUUACUACAUGCGUGUCCUAACCAGGAGGGGCGUGGCGAUCUUCGAGGAUGCAGAAGGAGACCUGCAGCCUCCCCCAAAGAGGAUAAGCAUAGCCAAACUCAGCUUUCCUGAGGGGAUUCCUCCAAAAGUCAUCCUCCCCGAAGAUACAGGGCCUCUCCUAGGUGACAGCAAGGCUCACGGGGACAGUGAUUUGCUAGAGGAGUGGAAAGAUGGUGAUAGAGCAUGGAAGCCCCUGGCACAGCAGAUCUGUCCCAGGGCUAAAACCCCUCCAUGGCUGCUGGACCUGGAGAGGGGCUUCAGGUGCAUGGGCUGCUGCAGAGUCUUCCCCACACUGAAGGCCCUCACCAGACACGUGGCGCAUGGCCUGGAGGAGGGCUUUUCAUGCCUUGCUUUUCACCGGGCCUUUGCCAGGCUAAGGAGCAAGAGGAAGAAGGAAAGAAAGCGGGUCUUUAGGAAGCCAGGACUGCGUUACAGGAUGGCUCUGGGGAGAAAGUUGUGCGGUUGUGCUGUGUUUGCAUUUUGA